AUGUGGCAUUAUGGAGAUUACCUUUUACCUAAGGCUCUAAAUGGCAGAUACACAAACGUAGCGAUUCAACUAGCCUGGUCUGGCUUCUGUGGCUUAACUCCAAUUCUUAACCUUAUUAUGAAUAGGUAAACAUUAUUUUAGGUAUUAAAUUGAAUGGCCAUAUAAUAUUAAGUUUGACAGUGAUAUAUAGCUAUAUAAGAUUCUUUUAUCAAAAUGUUGUAAAGUUUCAAAUUACCAUCCAACAUAUACUGUUUUGCUUCGAUAACCAUCGUAUUUUAACAUAAACUCUCGUAACACAUAAAUUUCAGAGACUUGCGAAGUAGAGUAUGGACUAGUUUAGGUGGUACCCCAAGAAGCAAAUCAGAAGUCACAAUAAGAGUGUCAUCCUUUACAAAGCCUUAUAGUAAAUCCAAAUCACAAGUUUGA